CAAAGACUAUUACUUGUAAUGCGUAUAUUGUGUAAAUAUGAAUGAAGACGGACUGAGUGACACGGAAAACGGGACAGUUCGUAAGCUUUAUAAAUUAGUUAGAAUAGCAUUACUUUACUUACUGUAGAUCAUCUAUAUCUACGGGGUGUUGGAAAUUCAACAAAUCAUUCUUAGGCGUCUGGAUGUGGUUGCAGAUUUUGAUUUGUCCCUUCUUGCUAGCUGCUUGGUGAUCCAUGGUCGGACCGUCGCCGUCGCGACGGAGGGUGGACUUUACUUCUUCAACUGCAAUACGGUACCGAUAGUGGCGGUACGCUGCCUGAGCUGUGCCUGCCUGCCUCCUCGGCUCUCGCCGGCCCGAGUGCCUGCAUGUCGUCUGUCGACAAGCAACAAUACAGUCGUGCUUUUACUUUUAGUCACGUCAUUGCAUGGAUGACCGGUGAUUGUGAAUUACUUUCUCUAGCUGAUCAGGUAGAUCUACUCAAAGAAAAGUCAACUAAAUGAAGAGGCUGCAUUAAAGGGUGCUCCUUCAUAGGCAAUGGCCAGCAAAAUGGCUACAUACUCCUGGGGAUCAUCGAUUGAUGGUCAGCUGGGCAUCGGUAAUACUGGCGGUCAGACCCGUCAAGAGGUGGCCAAAGAAGUCACCACCCUGUCGGGUCAGCGGGUCCUGAACAUCGGCUGUGGGAAGCAUCAUACAGGGAUUGUCAUGGCGGAUGGGACGUUGUAUAUGUGUGGAGCUAAUAACAAAGGUCAGCUGGGCCAGGAUAGGAACCAAUUCAGACCAGUCCAGGUAUCGGCACUGGAAACAGUGGUCAUCAAGCAAGUAGCCUGUGGAGAUGACCACACCCUAGCUGUCUCUGAUAGGGGUCAAGUUCUAGGAUGGGGUCGGAAUGACCGUGGUCAGUGUGGCCUUGCAACAGGGGAUGUUGAGAACAAACCAAGGCCAAGAAUUCUAAAGCACCUUGCAUCAUAUCAUUUUGUAAAAGUCUGCUGUGGUUCACUUCAUUCUAUGGCGCUAACUCGAGAUGGCAGGCUCUUUGCAUGGGGUGACAACACCUAUGGUCAGCUGGGUAUUGGGUCAUUAGUGACCAACUACACUGACCGUCCAACCGAACUGACCUCUCUCCGUGGGGUACCCUUGGUGCGGGUAUCCUGCGGUGGCUAUCAUUCCUUUGCUCUUACUGUCUCAGGGUCUGUCUUUGGCUGGGGGAAGAAUGAUGUAGGACAACUUGGUCUUGGUAAUAAAGAAAAUAAAUCUUAUCCAACAUUGCUCAGGAAUAUGCGUUCUCAGAUGGUGAAGCACAUAGCUUGUGGACAGGAACACACAGCCAUGCUUACUGCAGAUGGUGGUGUUUUCAUGUUUGGCCAGGGGUCAGAAGGUCAACUAGGUCAUGGGUCAAACUACAAUGAGGUCAAUCCAAGAAAGGUCAUUGACCUAAUGGGCAGUGACAUCACACAGUUGACUUGUGGAAAACACCAUACAUUAGUCUUGGAGGGUUCCAAAGGCAGGUUAUAUGCCUUUGGUCAAGGAAUCCAUGGUCAGUUAGGCCAGAAUGAAUCCAGGUCCUGUUCCAAUCCAUUAAGAGUUCCUGGUCCUUGGGUGCCACACGGCUCUAUAAAGGAGCAGAGUGUUUCUAAAGGCUGUGUGGUUAAGUGUAUAUAUGCUGGUGGUCAUCACUGCUUUUGUACAGUUACAGAUGCUGCAGAAAAUCCAGAAUUGCCUCUAGACUUCAGGAGUACCCCUCACCAGGAGCCUGCAUGCCUGACAGAAGACCUUAUCAAAGAACUCUCAACUAUUGUACCAAAUGUAUCACCACCUCCUGAAGUUAGAAAAACAGCUGAGGUUGUUUUCUCAUCAGCAGCCUGUCUUAAUGCGUCUUUCCUUAAAGCGAACAAUGGUCAUUACUGCUGUGGUAAGUCAAACCAUGGGGUUGACCUUGACACAGCUAGAACUGCCUUCCAACAUCUUGCUGAUAAGAACAUGAUCCUUGAAAUACUAGCUGGCAUCAUCAAUGCGAGCCUUGUACCAAGUCUUCCAGAAUCCCCUCCAGAUGUAGAAGCCCUGAGACUCUACCUAUUAUUAAUGGAAUGUCCCGUCCUCAGCAGGCCUCAGGAACGGUGGUGCAGACAUACCAUUUCACAAAUAGGGAGUGCCUUAUGUGGGUUAAAAGGAGCAGCUGCUAAAAUACUAGCUCACUGGUGGUCAAAACUUCAGCCGAGACAUCUAAACCGCAUCCUAACUGUACAUAAAGAUGGUAUUCAAGCUAUUCUGCAGGUCGGUUCAUUCCGACAACUCUGCCCUGAAGACCAGUCAUUCCUAGAUAUAUGCAUGAGGGUUCUAGAUAAACUCAGUAAGGUGAAUCACAACCAUGGUGAGAUCCUACCCUAUUACAUGUUCUACAUACCUGAUAUCAGCAAGUAUAUUGAUGUACAAGAACACUUCUUACUCUUUCUACAGAAAACAGUUGGAUCAGGUAACGUCCAUUCAUUCACGUUCUGUGACUACCCUUUUAUAUUUGAUACCAACACCAAGACACAGCUUCUUCAUAUAGAUGCUCUACUACAAAUGAAGUUUGCGAUUGAAGACGUCCAAAGAAGAAACCUUCAGAGCAUGUUGGGCACCCAGAUAGAUCCAGUCAACCCUUGCUUGAUCAUGUGUAUACAUAGAAAGAACAUUGUCCCAUCAACAAUCAAUCAGAUCAGUAAAUGUCACCCAGCAGACUUCAAGAAACCUCUCAAGGUUGGGUUUGUUGGAGAGGAUGCGGUGGAUGCUGGCGGGGUGAGGAAGGAAUUCUUUAUGCUUAUCAUGAGAGAGAUCCUAGACCCUAAGUAUGGAAUGUUUAGAUUCUAUGAAGAUUCAAGGAAGAUCUGGUUCAACAGCAAAUCUUUUGAGGACCCAAUCAUGUUCCGGUUAGUUGGCUUGGUAUGUGGUCUAGCUAUCUACAAUCAUAUCAUCAUCUCAUUACCAUUCCCAUUGGCUUUAUACAAGAAACUACUAGGAAGGAAAACCACGUUAGAAGACCUUAGUAAGUUAGAACCUCAAGUAGCUCAUCACCUUCAGGCGCUCCUAGACUACGAGGAUGAGGAAAGCUUCAAGGAUUCUUUUUCUCUCGUAUUCCAGAUUGAUGAGGAUAACUUUGGACAUAUCCAGACGACGGACCUCGUCCCAAACGGUGGAGAUACUGAAGUCACUGUCAACAACAGGCAAGAUUACAUAGAUGCAUAUGUAGACUACGUCUUGAACAAGUCUGUUGAACCUCAGUUCUCGGCAUUCAGUGAGGGUUUCCUGGAGGUGUGUGGCGGCCAUGUUCUUAAUCUAUUCCAUCCUCAAGAACUCAUGGCCAUGGUGAUUGGAGAUGAGAAUUAUGAUUGGGAUGAACUAGAGAAGAGUGUGGAAUACAAGGGGCAAUACUACAAACAUCAUCCUACGGUGAAGCUAUUCUGGCAGGUAUUCAGGGAGCUCUCGGUAGAUGCAAAGAAGAAAUUCUUAGUCUUCCUCACGGGUAACGACCACAUUCCCAUUCAAGGCUGGUCAAGCCUUCAGGUCAUCAUCCAGCCUGUCAAGGGUGGCAAUGACUUCUAUCCUGUGGCUCAUACCUGCUUCAAUCUCCUAGACCUACCUAUGUACACCAACAAAGACAUUCUCAAAGACAAGCUACUGACAGCAAUAGAGCAUACAGAAGGCUUCACGUUAGCAUGAACAUUGAAAGUCCUCUAGUCCUAUAUGCUGUAUGUGUUCAAUGUGAUCACCUUGCCCUGUGAAAUGGGUUCUUCGUCUUUCCUGUAGUUCAUACACAUCUGCUUCAGUCGCUCAGGUCUACUUUUUUACAACAAAGGCAGGCCAUCGACAGCGAUAGAGCAUACAGAAUACUUCAGGUUAGCAUGUCAUUGAACAUUGGAACUCUUCUAGCCCUUUUUUGAUGUGUCUGAUCUCCUAGACCGUCUUUCCUGUAGCACAUACAUGUACCUGCUUCAGUCUCUUAGAUCUACAGAUGUACACAGACAAGGACAUUCUCAAAGACAAGCUACUGACUGCAAUAGGGCAUACAGAGUACUUUGCGUUAGCACGAACAUCGGAAAUACACUAGCCCUAUAUGUGAUAUGGGUUAUUACCAAGUCUGUUUUUCCUGUAGCUCAUACUUGCUGCAGUAUCCUAGAUCUAUCUUUAUAUACACAGACAGAGACAUUCUCAAAGACAAGCUACCUACAGGAAUAGAGCAUACAGAAGGGCCCAUGUUAGCAUGAACAUUGGAACACCUCUAGCCCUAUAUGUUGUAUGUGUUCAAUGUGGUCACUUCGCUCUGUGAGAUGGGUUCUUUGUCUUUUCUAAUAUCACAUCUGCUUCAGUCGCGAAAAUCUACCUUUGUACCACAAAGAACAGGCCGUUGACAGCAAUAGAACAUACGGAAGGCUUUACAUUAGCAUGAACAUUGGAACUCCACUAGCCCUAAAUUAAUCACCUAGACCAUCUUUCUUGUAGCGUACACCACCUCCAAUAUCCUAGACCUCACCUAUGUAUUCUUAAAGACAAGCUAGUGACAGGAAGUAUUCUUGUGUGCAUGAAUUCUAUUUUCCACUAGCGCUAUAUGUGUUAGAAAGAGAUCUCCAUCUUUCCUGUAGCAAACACCAUUUUCAAUGUUUUCCAGGUACAUGCACACUCAAAGAACAACUGACAUGUUUUAUCUGUGGUCAAGAAUUGUUGAAUAUUGGAAGCAGUUGAGCCCUCUGGCAGGUACUUUUGAGAAUUCAAUAGUCAGUGGGCUGUUUAUAUACAAGUACCAGACCCCACCCAUGUAGGUGCACCAAUUGUCAUCCAUCAUUUGUCCAAUCUCUUGAAUCUAACAAUUUAUGACAGACGCUAUCAAAGAAAAGCUUUAACUUCACUAAAAAAGCAAACCGUGUUGCAUUGCUGACAUUGUCGUUGUUAUCCCGAGUCCCAUAUGUUAUAUUCUGUGUGUACUCUUGCCUCUUCCAGAAUAGGAACAAGGCCUUCGUUUUUGUCACUGUUUCUUGCUUGCGUUUUUUUUUUUUGGGGGGGGGGCACUCUGGAAUCUUACACCAGCGCAGUCUCAUGGCCUAACAGAGAGAAGUCUUUUUCUGAGUCUGGUCAUACUUCAUGGGAUAUACUUGUACACUUACAUGUAACAGCUUUAAUGCAAGUAGAAAAACAUGGCUGAUGAUCAAGAGUGGGAUCCAUAAAUUGAUAAUGUUCAACAUAUGCAACAUUUUGACCUAUGCAGUGUUAACUCAUGUGAGGUUAGUUAUUUCAAAAGCUUCAAAUUUAAGUCGAUUUCAAAUUCUUUUUCAGGUAUGAUGUCAACAAAUUUCAAUAAUGUUUGCCACAGAUAUUGUCAGACAGAUUCUUCACUAAUGUUAAUAAAUAUGUGUUAUCUAUAAAUGUCUGAAAAAAAGUUGCCCAGGGAGCAGUUUCAUAAAGCUAUCCGUAUUACAUGUAAGUUCAGAGUGAUUUUAAGAACGA